AUGGACCCAUUCUCAUCCGUCGCAAACUCCAGCUCCCCCUUCCAAACUGGGAUGAACUUCACCAAAACGAUCCACAGAAAGCCUUACUCAGCCAUCUUGCCUUCCCGUUCGGAGCUCUCUCAGAAGGGGCGCACAAUCCUCAUCACUGGUGGCUCCGCGGGUAUCGGCUUCGCCAUUGCCCAGAGCUUUGCACAGGCUGGAGCGAAGCGCGUCAUCAUCCUUGGCCGUCGCCAAAACCUUGUUGAUGAGGCCGUCUCCAAACUCGAGAAAGAGUACCAGGGCGUUCAGUUCAGUGGGUUCCCGAGCGAUGUGAACGACCUCGGAGACAACGAGAAGCUGUGGAAGGGCUUCGAGGAGGACGGGACCGUCAUCGAUGUCCUGGUGCUUAACGCCGCCAAGAUAGCCAAUGAUGGUUCCAUUCUGGCUUUGGGGAGGGACUAUGUCUGGGACUCCUUUACCAUGAACGUCCGCUCGCUCUUGGACCUCUCGGAGAGGUUCUACAAUCAGAAGAAUGGCGAGGGUCGUCAAAAGUUUCUUGUCAACAUAUCGACCGAGGCCAUCCAUAACUUUCAGAAAUCAGGCCCUUGGCCUGCUUACAGCGCCAGUAAGAACGCCGGAACGCUCCUGAUCCAGAUGAUCGCCAAAGACACGCCGCCCGAGAACAUGCAAAUCAUCAACUUCCAUCCGGGGUUGGUUCGAACCUCCCCCUUCAUCGACGCUGGAGUCCCAGAAGAUCGUCUUCCGUUUGAUGACGUUUCUCUGUCUGGAAACUAUGCCGUCUGGGCCGCGUCCGAGGAAGCGCGCUUUCUGCAUGGCCGCUUCGUCUGGUCGAAGUGGGACGUCGAGGAGUUGAAGACGGGCGACAUAGGGAAAAAGAUCCGGGAUAAUGAUCAUUACCUCAAGGUUGGUGUUGUUGGGCUUCAAGAGUAA